AAGGCAGCCAGCGAGGUCCCGACAGACGCAGGCUGCUGCCGCGAGCUCACCUGCCACAGGUGCUGGGGCUGCCGGAGGAGACGCGGGUCCCAGGCUGGACGCUGCGGACGGAAGAUGCUGAGCGAGCGGACGGUGCGGCUACAGUUCGGGACCCGCGUGGAGGCGGUGUACGUGCUGGGCACGCAGCUCUGGACAGAUGUGUACAGCGCGGCCCCAGCCGGGGCCACAACCUUCAGCCUGAAGCACUCGGAGCACGUGCAGGUGGAGGUGGUGCGUGAUGGGGAGGCCGAGGAGGUGUCCACCAACGGCAAACAGCGCUGGGCCCUGUCGCCCAGCACCAUACUGCGGCUCACCAUGAGCCAAGCAAGCACCGAGGCCAGCAGCGACAAGGUCACCGUCAACUACUAUGAGGAAGAAGGCGGUGGCCCCAUCGACCAGGCUGGACUCUUCCUCACGGCCAUUGAGAUCUCCCUGGACGUGGAUGCAGACCGAGACGGUGUGGUGGAGAAGAACAACCCAAAUAAGGCAUCCUGGACCUGGGGCCCCGAGGGCCAGGGAGCCAUCCUGCUGGUGAACUGUGACCGAGACACACCCUGGCUGCCCAAGGAGGACUGCAGUGACGAGAAGGUCUACAGCAAGCAAGACCUCAAGGACAUGUCCCAGAUGAUCCUGCGCACCAAGGGCCCGGACCACCUGCCUGCUGGAUAUGAGAUUGUUCUCUACAUUUCCGUGUCGGACUCAGACAAAGUGGGCGUGUUCUACGUGGAGAACCCGUUCUUCGGAGAGCGCUACAUCCACAUCCUGGGCCGAAAGAAGCUCUACCACGUGGUCAAGUACACGGGAGGCUCCGCGGAGCUUCUGUUCUUCGUGGAAGGCCUCCGCUUCCCCGACGAGGGCUUCUCGGGCCUGGUCUCCAUCCACGUCAGCCUGCUGGAGUACAUGGACGCCGAGGUUCCCCUGACGCCCAUCUUCACGGACACCGUGAAGUUCCGCAUCGCACCGUGGAUCAUGACGCCCAACAUCCUGCCUCCUGUGUCAGUGUUCGUGUGCUGCAUGAAGGACAACUACCUGUUCCUAAAGGAGGUGAAGAACCUAGUGGAGAAAACCAACUGUGAGCUGAAGGUCUGCUUCCAGUACAUGAACCGCGGUGACCGCUGGAUCCAGGAUGAAAUUGAGUUUGGCUACAUUGAAGCCCCCCACAAAGGCUUCCCUGUGGUGCUGGACUCCCCUCGAGAUGGGAACCUCAAGGACUUCCCCAUAAAGCAGCUCCUGGGCCCGGAUUUCGGCUACGUGACCCGGGAGCCCGUCUUUGAGUCCGUCACCAGCCUUGAUUCCUUCGGGAACUUGGAGGUCAGCCCCCCGGUGACCGUGAACGGCAAGACGUACCCCCUUGGGCGGAUCCUCAUCGGGAGCAGCUUCCCUCUGUCUGGCGGGCGGCGGAUGACCAAGGUGGUGCGCGACUUCCUGAAGGCCCAGCAGGUGCAGGCACCUGUGGAGCUCUACUCGGACUGGCUGAGAGUGGGUCACGUGGACGAGUUCAUGACCUUCGUCCCCAUCCCGGGCAAAAAGGAAUUCCGGCUGCUCAUGGCCAGCACCUCAGCCUGCUACAAACUCUUCCGAGAGAAGCAAAGGGAAGGCCAUGGUGAAGCCAUCAUGUUCAAAGGCCUUGGGGGUAUGAGCAGCAAGAGGAUCACCAUCAACAAGAUCCUGUCCAGUGAGGACCUCGUGAAGGAGAACCACUACUUCCAGCGCUGCAUCGACUGGAACCGUGACAUCCUCAAGAAGGAGCUGGGGCUGACCGAGCAGGACAUCAUUGACCUGCCUGCUCUGUUCAAGAUGGAUGAGUACCGCCAGGCCAGAGCCUUCUUCCCAAACAUGGUGAACAUGAUCGUGCUGGACAAGGACCUGGGCAUUCCCAAGCCCUUCGGGCCCCAGCUGGAGGAUGAGUGCUGUCUGGAGACCCACGUGCGCAGCCUGCUGGAGCCGCUGGGCUUCGUCUGCACCUUCAUUGACGACAUUUCUGCCUACCACAAGUUCCUGGGGGAGGUGCACUGUGGCACCAACGUCCGCAGGAAGCCCUUCUCCUUCAAGUGGUGGCACAUGGUGCCCUGACCUGCGGGUCCCCGAGCUUCCCUCCAUCCUUGAGUUCUCCAGGCCCUUCCCCUGCCUCAGCUGCACUGGGUGGCCCUGCUGGGAGACUUGCGGGGAGUGGGGUGGAAUUUGGGGAAACUGUGCCUUGCCCUCCCUGGGAAGGACCUGUGUCACCCCCGGUGAGCCUCAGCUGUGUCCCUCCUGAAGACACCUGGGUGUGUGGCCAGCAUCUGCAGAGCCCUGACAUGAGAAACAAAACAAAACUCAAAAAAUCAUGGAUCCAAGCCAUUCCCCAAAAAUCCUUAGUUUCUGGAAUAGUGGGGGAGAAGAAGGAGAUCCAGAGAUGGGAUUACUGGUCCUUGAACCCUAAAGUUGAAGGUUGAUCACUCAGAAAGGGACCCUGGCGCCCCAGCCACACCUUGAACUGCAGUCAUUUCAAAUCCACUGCCGCCUUGAAGUGUUGAUUCCUCAUCACCUCCCAGCCCUCGUGACUCUCUCUGCAGCGUGGACACCCUAGGCUAGCCCUCCCCACUCCCUACGGGUCCAAUAAUCAAGCUUAGAGCCUUCCCUGGAAACAGAUCUCCUCAGAGCAGGCUUCUCCCCCCGCGUCUGGGGGCUGUCUCCCCAGUCAGCACCCAUGUGCCCGAGUUCAACUAUCGAGCUGCCCCACUACAACAUCCACGUCCUCUUGAUUGGUCCUCGGUUCUCCCACAGCCCUGACCUCCCUCCUCCCACACCUCUGUGUUCUCCCUUCCGGUACUUGAUCCCAUCUCUCCAGGCAGCUAAACAAGAACGUCUUCACCACCAGCCAGAUUCAGACCUUCCCUGUCCCCAGCAGCCACUUGCAGCCCCAGAGAUGUAUUGAUCAUCCUAUUAAAAUCACUAGUCCAUUUGCCAAAGACCCUCUCAUUCGGACGUAGUCACAUGUAUGCCCUGACUCCACCUGAAAAGAGUCAGCUUCAACUAAAGAAACAAAAAGUUCCUUUAGGGCCAGGAGAAUAAGUAUAUUGUAAUUACAGUUUGCAGGAUCAAAAAAAUAUUGUGUAACCAGUGACAAGGUUAUAGAUGUGUGUCCUUGGGGGAACAGGAUUUCUCUCUGGAUUAUUUCAUUCACCGUCCAUUAAACAUUUGCUGCGUGUCAGAUCUGAGAACAGUGGUUAGUAACAAAGCAGGCUUGGAACCAGGCAGCCCCUACUCGCAAAGCCAUGUAGAAAUGGCCAGCCUUCGCCCUGACAGUGAUGCCUAGAGUCCAGAAACACUCCUGCAAGUCACCAUCACAAUGAAACAGGUGCAUGUCCCAUCCAGGUGGGCCAGAACCACCUGUCAGAUCAGACCCCAGAGCCUCAGGAGCUGUUGCCCCCUCUCCGGGGACAGUGGCUUCUGCCUUAGAGGCCAAAACCCCAGAUCUCUCCAGCCGUCUAAGGGCGUUUAUCUGGAGACUUCAAGUGUGUCUUGUGUGUGUUUGGUUACUGUGUGUUUGUGGGCUUGCUUUUAUUUUUAUCUAAUCUACCUUAGGAGGAAGUGAGGGCCUCCCACACGGAGAUAGCGUGCCUUUGUUGAUUUUCGCGAUGCGCUCCUGUCCUGAGUCAGUCAUUUCUGAGGUUGCUGGAGCCCCAGGACUCAGACAGCACGCCCUCCCCUUGCUCUCCACACCCCAGUGUGACUACCCUCGGUGUGGACAGACCCCGUGGACUCCCUGCUCUUCCCCGACCCUGUCUAUAAAUAUGGCCUAGAACAUGCUUCUGAGUUGCAAAACUCAGCCAAGUUCCUGUUUCAGUGUUGAUUUUGAAAUAUUCUAUGCAAGCGAGCAGGGGGGACCAUAAAGAAGACAAGAGCUGGGCAGUUUCCGCUUUGUGGAAAAGAGGCCGUGAUGGAGCUAAAAGAUGUCUGGGGAAGAGCCUGACUAAAGAGCAAGCGAAUAAACAGUCCAAGGGGAA